AUGACACAGUCCUCCAUUAGCGAAUCUAUCGCAAUUGUCCAUCCGAUUACGUUGAGCCAUGGCAUCAACGCCCAGGUGUGGGAUACAGACGGCAAGCGUUACAUCGAUUUCGUAGGCGGAAUUGGCGUUCUGAACCUGGGCCACUGUAAUCCACGGAUUGUCGAAGCGGUGUGCAGCCAAGCCUCAAGGUUAACGCACUACGCCUAUAACGCCGUGCCUCACGAACCCUACAAGAAACUGAUGGCCCGACUGGCCGAGUUUAUCCCCGUGUCCUAUCCGGUCAGUGGCAUGUUGACCAACAGUGGCGCAGAGGCAGCAGAGAAUGCGCUGAAAAUUGUGCGUGCUGCUACCGGUCGUACUGCGGUCAUUGCAUUCGAUGGUGGCUUUCAUGGACGAACUUUGGCUACCUUGAAUUUGAACGGGAAAGUAGCGCCGUACAAACAGCGUGUUGGCACCCUGCCAGGCCCUGUUUUUCACCUGCCCUACCCGAGUGAAGACACCGGUGUGACGACAAAGGAAGCACUCAAUGCGAUGGAUCGGCUGUUCAGCGUCGAGAUCGACGUCGAAGAAGUCGCCUGUUUCAUUCUCGAACCUGUUCAAGGUGAAGGCGGAUUUCUUGCACUAGACCCUCAGUUUGCACAAGCGCUUCGUAGAUUUUGCGACGAGAAAGGCAUUCUUUUAAUCGUUGAUGAAAUUCAAUCGGGAUUCGGUCGUACCGGCCAACGCUUUGCUUUCACACGACUAGGCAUCGAGCCCGAUUUGAUCCUGCUAGGUAAAAGCAUUGCCGGCGGUCUUCCGCUGGGUGCUGUCGUCGGUAAAAAGCAACUGCUCGACACCUUGCCAAAGGGUGGCCUGGGUGGGACUUAUUCAGGCAACCCAAUAGCGUGCGCUGCUGCGCUCGCCACGUUAGACGAGAUGACAGACGCCAACCUUUCCUCUUGGGGUGAGUACCAGGAAAAGGCAAUCGUCAGUCGGUAUCUGGCAUGGCAACAAAAGAAGCUCUCUCCUUAUCUCGGAAGGCUGACCGGGGUUGGAGCGAUGAGAGGUAUUGAGCUGAUAACUCCUGAAGGAGCGCCAGCUACGUCGGUAUUAGCACAGCUACUCGGAAGCGCCAGACAGAACGGCCUGCUUCUGAUGCCCAGCGGAAAAUCUCGCCACAUCAUCCGACUGCUGCCACCGCUGACUACCGAUCCUGAAAUCUUGAACGAAGGUCUCGAUAUUUUCGAGAGCUGCCUGGCUGGAAUUCUC